AUUUAGGAUCGUGAUUGCGUCUUUACGGUUGUCCUCUUGUUUUUUUCCCUCAAAGAACAAAACCAGCGACCCUCUCCCCCUCCCCUCUUCGAUCCUGUUCUUUCCACGUAGCCUAAUGUGUUGCUCAUAUCAUCAAACUUAAAGUCCACGUCCGUGACCAGAAUUCAAACCAGAGCUAUAUAUACAUCCGAAGACAAUCAACGCUUUCAAAAAAAGUCACACUUCAGGGGCCGAAAGCGGCACCUAUCAGUGUCAAACCUGCGGGCUACCCUUUAGACGAGUCCGCUCCACAAAUGUGCAGCACCGAUGGAGGUAGGCUACUAGUGACUCAUUCGUGCGCAAUGACAAUAAACAGACAAGGCUUGCUUUGAAUGUCUGCUAAUCAAACCUACUCCAACAAAAGCAAGGUCACCUUGUGUGGGGUCUAGCAGAGAUCUGAAGCUCAGGUCUGUUGUUUAUUCUCCUUCUCGGAGUGUACCAAAGAGCGAAGCUGUCUCUCCUUCAGGACUAAAUUUUGUGGUAAAUUCACUUUUUUGGGGGGACUGCACCUGUUCACCUGGACCCACAUCAUCACGUGAGCCUUUUACUUCUUAUUUUGAUGGUAUAAAGAAGUAUUUUUUGCAUUAAAGAAAAAAAGUGACCAGGCUUUCUGAGGUGAAGACUUUGGCACAGGGUGUCUGGAGUGAUGGCGGCGUCUGCACCCUCCUCCUCUGGUGGCGAACCGGAUCCCAACUCGGCAAAUUUACGACCACCGGGCUCAAGCUAUGAUGCUUGGUGUGGAGUUGCUAAUGGAUGUACUAGAAAAUUGGGAAUGAAGAUAUGUGGGUUUUUACAGAAGAACAACAGUCUGGAGGAAAGGAACAGAAUUGUGAGUUCCUUCAAAGAGCACGCAGCCAAGAACCUGCUGUCCUGCGAUAACACCGGAGGGGAUGCGCGUUUCAGACGCACGGAGACCGAUUUCUCCAAUCUGUUCGCUAGAGAUCUGUUGCCCGCCAAAAAUGGAGAAGAGCCAACCAUGCAGUUCUUGCUGGAGAUUGUGGAAAUCCUCACCAACUACGUCAGGAAGACCUUCGAUCGAUCCACCAAGGUCCUGGACUUCCACCACCCACACCAGCUGCUGGAGGGCAUGGAGGGCUUUAACCUGGAGCUCUCUGACCAACCCGAGUCUCUGGAGCAGAUCCUGGUGGACUGCAGGGACACCUUGAAGUAUGGCGUGAGAACAGGUCACCCCAGGUUCUUUAACCAGUUGUCCACUGGAUUGGACAUUGUUGGCUUGGCAGGAGAGUGGCUUACCUCAACCGCUAACACUAACAUGUUUACUUAUGAGAUCGCCCCUGUCUUUGUGCUCAUGGAGCAGCUGACACUGAAAAAGAUGAGAGAGAUUAUCGGCUGGUCUGAGGGAGAGGGCGAUGGGAUAUUUUCUCCAGGAGGAGCAAUCUCCAACAUGUACAGCGUGAUGAUUGCCAGAUACAAGUUCUUUCCUGAAGUGAAAAGCAAAGGCAUGACAGCUGCACCCAGACUGGUCCUCUUCACCUCAGAGCAUAGCCACUAUUCCAUCAAGAAAGCCAGUGCAGCUCUGGGCUUUGGGACCGAGAACCUAAUUCUUUUGAACACAGACAAGAGAGGAAGAGUCAUUCCUGCUGAUUUGGAAGCCAAAGUCAUAGAGGCCAAGCAAAAGGGGUAUGUGCCAAUGUUUGUGAAUGCCACCGCUGGUACUACCGUCUAUGGAGCCUUUGAUCCUAUCAAUGAAAUUGCAGACAUUUGUGAAAAGUAUAACAUGUGGCUUCAUGUGGACGGUGCAUGGGGUGGAGGUUUGCUGAUGUCCAGGAAGCACAGACACAAGCUGAAUGGAGUAGAGAGAGCCAACUCAGUCACCUGGAACCCUCAUAAAAUGAUGGGAGUGCCUCUGCAGUGCUCUGCCGUUCUGGUCAGAGAGAGGGGAUUAUUAACAGGCUGCAACUCCAUGUGUGCUGGUUACCUCUUCCAGCCAGAUAAACAGUAUGAUACCACAUACGACACAGGUGAUAAAGCCAUUCAGUGUGGGCGUCAUGUCGACAUCUUCAAGUUCUGGCUCAUGUGGAAGGCAAAGGGAACAGUAGGAUUUGAGCAGCAUAUCGACAAGUGCCUGGAUCUGUCAGCCUACCUCUAUGAUAAAAUAAAAAACAGAGAGGGCUUCGAGAUGGUGUUUGAUGGAGAGCCGCAGCACACUAAUGUGUGCUUCUGGUAUACUCCACCGAGCCUUCGCAGCUUGCCUGAUGGUGACGAGAGGCGGGAGAGGUUGCACAAGGUGGCCCCGAAGAUUAAGGCAAUGAUGAUGGAGUCUGGGACUACAAUGGUGGGUUACCAGCCCCAAGGAAACAAGGUCAACUUCUUCCGCAUGGUAAUCUCAAACCCCGCUGCUACCAAGUCAGACAUCGACUUCCUGAUCGAGGAGAUUGAGCGACUGGGGCAUGACUUGUAAAAGCCACACCUGAACCUCUGUCCCCCCCAAACAUUUCCAACUCUGGAGAGCCUUGAGCCUUGGCUCAUGUCCCUUUUGUCUCAUGAAGAUGUUGACAUUUUUUUGCUUACAGGUCUUAUCUGGCAAUGCACAAAAAAUAAUACGCCCUGUGUGUCUCUGUCUCUUCUGUCUUUUGCAACAAUUACAUAUAUUCAAGACAUUUAAACACAAGGUCAUCUGAGUAAAAAAGGACAUUAGUCAAAUCUGUGAGAGAAUCAUAAAGGAAAGGUAUUCUUGGUAAACCACAUGUUAACAAAAAUGGACCUAUAUAUAAAAAUGUUGAAUAAAAUGAGAUUAACACUGGUUACUUAUCAUGUAAAUACGAAAUAGCAGGAAUAUCUGAGAACUUGAAUGAUUCUUUCUAUAGCAGCUAUAAAUAAUAUAAUAUAUUGUACUGUUGUACUAUAUAUAAGUCAGAAUUGAAAACAGAAUAACAUCAAAAACAAUUCCCAAGUAUCAGAGCACAAUGUAGGGAACCUUAUAGCAUUGACAUAAAGAGUAUUAAUGUAAUAUAUAGAUAUGGUAUACUGACUGUUGGUGCUCCAUGUCGUCUGUAUAAUUAUCAAGCCAGAUACACCAACACAUUGUACCCUAGCUGUUAUUUACUUUUGAUAUUACAUAGGUGGAAAUAUAAAACACAGUCAUUGUACUUGAUCGCUGUGUUUUCAAAACAUUUUGUGUAGAUUGUGUAUAGUAUUGUUACAUUGCCUUUGUGCCAAAUGUGUCCUAGUUUUACAGUGAAAAACUCCUAUAUAUAAGUCAGCCAUACCGUAUAGAAUGUAAUAGAUGAAUGACUUUAUUUAUAGCCAGAGAUUCAAAUUGUGAAUAGGUAAUCUGCUGUUCUUUUCCAUUUGUAAUGUAUUCUCCUUCCUAUUUGGUAAUUGUUGUAUGAUAUUACAAUGUUUUGAGUAACAUUGAAUUCUUUUAGUGUAUUUGUGAACCAAAGAAGGGUUGAUUUACAUUUAUGAACAUGCCUUUAUUCUCCCUUAUGGAUAGAUUCAGAUGUUUAUAUAAGAAUAUUUAACUUAUCACCCUUUAGUGCAAUCUAUGUUGUGUAACUGUACUAUGUUAUUGUGAUUCACUGACUGAAUGUUGCCCUGACACUUUGAAGGCAUGACUGGCAGUGCGGCUGCUACUGCCGGCGCUUUGUUCAUGAUAAAAAGCACAAUGCUUAACCAUGAUCACAGACAGCUUUAAUUCUACAGACAUGGGGAUUGUCUGCACUAUAAUGUGUUAAGUAAAUCUAUGAUAUGCAAACUUUUAUUUGUCUUCAUAUGCUGAGAAUAGGCACACAUUUAUGUUGAGAAAAACAAUGUAAAAGAAGCUGGGAUUAGUUAUCAUGAAUUUUGCUUAAACAAUGAAAUGCACAGUGUUUGCUACAGUUAUAAGAUUUAUUGAAAAGUUGUACAUAAUUUAAUUUGUGGGAUGUGGGAAUCAUAUCCCUUAUUAAAUUCAAUACAGGCACUUUAACUCCAUGCCAUCAUUUGCAGAGUAAUAUUGUUGUAUCCAUAGAACUAAUAAAGGCAAGCUGUA